CUCGACGCUUGAAAUAUUUGAAAUGACAUCUACUCUGAACAGCUGUUACCUUGUCAAAGCUCAACAAAUAACAUGGUCGACAUAGACAAUUAAAAAAUAUAUAUAGCACCAGAUGUUCACACGUUGCAUUUUAAAGAAAUGUUGUUCGUUGAAUUUUUAUUAAUUCAGAUUAUAUAGGAACUGGUACACACUUGUGAAUUACAAUCACAUGAGUCACUUUCAAAGUGUGGUUAUAUUUAUUAACCAAUAAAUGAUAAUCAUAAAGAAAUCACGGUGGAAAACACUGCAGAAUAAUAUUAAAAAGACAUCUGUUAAAGUAAUGUGUUAAGCAUGAAUUUUUAUUUUCUUAUGAUGCGCAUAGCGAUGUCGUUAAACACGUUGAUAAUAGUUGUUGUUUGUAAACUACUAUGUCUGCUUCUUCUUUUAUCGAUUUUUUUAAUAAUAUGGAGAAAAAAAUAUUUCAAAAAGCGGGCAGAGAGAUCACAAAAAGAAACGGUUGUAGGUUUUUUUCAUCCAUAUUGUAAUUCUGGUGGUGGUGGUGAAAGAGUACUUUGGGCUGCAGUCAGUGCUAUACAAGCUAGGUAUUCCAAUGUACACAUAGUGAUUUAUACUGGAGAUCUUGAUGCUCAUCCGGAACAAAUUAUCAGUAAAACAGAAAAAGUAUUUAACUAUAAAAUCGAACGCAAAAUUGAGUUUGUAUACUUACAUAGACGAAAAUGGGUGGAAGCUUCAAUGUACCCCUAUUUUACACUCUUGGGACAAAGUUUAGGAUCAGUUUGGUUAGCCAUUGAAGCUUUAAACGGCUAUGUUCCAGAUAUUUACAUUGAUACCAUGGGUUAUGCAUUUACAUAUCCAUUAUUUAGAUACAUUGGUGGAUGUAGAAUAGCAACCUAUACUCAUUACCCAACAGUUUCAACUGAUAUGUUAAAACAUAUUUACAGAAGAGUGAUUUCGCAUACUAAUAACAGAGUUGUAGCUAGAAAUCCAUUUUUAUCAGCUGCCAAACUGCUGUAUUACAAAUUAUUUGGAUAUAUAUAUGGUUGGGUUGGCAGUAGAGCUGAAAUUAUAAUGGUUAAUUCCACAUGGACUGAAGAACACAUUAACAGAAUUUGGAAAUGUCCAUUAAAAACUCAUAAAAUUUAUCCGCCGUGUGAUGUGAAACAUUUAACGUCGCUACCUCUUCUCAAUGAUGAUGAAAAAUGUAAUAGUAUUCGUAUAGUUUCAGUUGCACAAUUCAGACCAGAAAAAAAUCAUCCAUUAAUGUUAAGAGCCAUGUAUGAACUUAGAUCGAUCGUUAAAGAAGAUGUUUGGGAGAAGAUUCGACUAAUUCUUAUUGGUUCCUGUCGAAAUUUUGAAGAUGAAGCUCGCAUGAAAGACAUGCAAGAUUUAUCGAAACACUUUGCAUUAGAAGAAAACGUGGAAUUUAAAUUAAACGUACCGUAUUCAGAGCUUACCUCCGAACUUCAGAGAGCAACAAUUGGUUUACAUACAAUGUGGAAUGAGCACUUUGGGAUUAGCAUUGUUGAAUGUAUGGCAGCUGGAUUAAUAAUGGUAGCUCAUGCAUCCGGUGGUCCAAAAGCUGAUAUAAUAGUAACUCAACCUGGAUCUCAGAAUGGUUUCUUAGCCACGGAAGCGGAAGAAUAUGCAAAAAUAAUAGCACAUAUUAUUAAUAUGAAUCCAGAAGAGAGGACUGCAAUUAGGAUGGUUGCCAGAGCAUCUGUAAAUCGAUUUUCCGAUGAAGUAUUUGAAAGAGAAUUUUUAAGAACGAUAGAACCAUUCUUCAGGCAAAAACAGGAAUAACUUCUAAAAAAUUUGUUAAUAAAUGAAUACGCCCUUCA